AUGGUGAACAAGUUGAAGGAACAAUUUCUACUGUUGGAUUAUGAAGUGCAAGUGUUCAAGAAGUUGCAGAAUUUAAAGCAAAGAGACAUGGAUGUGGCAACCUAUACUGAGGAAUUCCAUAAGCUUAGUAUGAGGUUUUUUAAUGCAGAGAAUGAGAAGGAGAAAGUGGCCAGGUAUUUGAAUGGCUUAAGGUUCAACAUUCAGGAUGAGUUGAGCCUAGUUACUCCUAAGACAAUGGAAGAAUUCUUCCAAGUGGCAAGUAAAAAAGAGGAGAAGUUGAAAAGAAAACAAGAACAUCAAGGUAGAGGAAGAGGAAAUUUCAAAGGUAGGGGUAGUUUUGGUGCAAGAGGAAAAUAUCAAAAGCAACAAGAUGAAUAUAGUGGACACAAUGAGAAAGGUGGAGAGAAAAGAAAUAGAGGAGGCUUCAGAGGUAGGAGGCCCAAUGUUAGAGGAAGGUUUAAUGGAUCAGGAAGAGGUUCUAACACCUUCUUUGGUAGGUGUUACAAUUGUAACCAAUUUGGGCACCUAGCCUUCAAUUGCCCAGAGAAACAUGCCUCAAGAUCCCAUGGUGGGGAAACGAGAAACCAAUUGGUACAAGAAGAGGAUGCUCAAAGUGUGAACUGA